AUGCGGCUCAGUGACCCAGCGCGGGAGGGGCCCCUUUCGCUGAUGGUCAUGUACGGCGCUGGUUAUGAGCUGGAGAGAGAAAUCGAGGGAGCCCUGUGGCUCACCUGCAGCACAGGGCACGACACGGGACCAAGAGGCGAGAUGACCUCCACCAGGACCCCAAUGCUCCCCGUGCAGAGGACUCAUAACCCUGGUCCUUCUCCUGAACGACUUCACUCGGUCCCCCACUCGCUGUUUUAA